AUGAGCGGCACUUGCCAGACUGUAACUAUGUUCACCAACCUUCUUGCGGCCGCAGCUAUUGCUGUCAGUCAUACUGUCCAUGCUUCUGCCUCUGCAACUCCUAGUCUGCUGCUAUUCUCAAAGACAGCCGCUUCUAGCAUCCCUCAUGGAAUCCAGCUUGUGAGCUCCAUUGCCAAUGAGAAAGGCUGGUCAGUCGCGGCAACGGAAGACUCUAGCAUCUUCACAAACGGAAGUUUGUCCGCAUAUAGCACUCUGGUCUUCAUUUCCACCACCGGCAACUAUUUGUCAACCAACGAAUCGGAUGCCUUGAACGAGUUUCUACUGAACGGUGGUUCUUGGCUAGGCAUUCACGCCGCCGGUGAUUUCGGAGAUGACAUGCCCAACUGGUUCAACAAGCUUGUUGGCGGACAGUUCCGAUCCCACCCAUGCGAGACUGACGACAUCUGUGACGACGCGCAAAAGGAGAGAUACCCUCCCAAUGGCAACAUUCGUCCGGACACCGUUACAAUUCUCGACUUUGACCAUCCCUCAACCUCUGGUCUUCCGGAGAGCUACAACCGAACAGACGAGUGGUAUGCGUACAAGACAAAUCCUGCUGAUGACUCUGCAUACAAAGUUCUCGCAAAGGUGGAAGAGACUUACAUCGAUGAGAUUACUCUGUCGCCGGAGCUUCAGCACAUGCCUCCCAUGCACUCAAUCUCGUGGUACUCCAUGUACGAGGGCGUGGCUAGGGCGUUCUACACUGGUAUGGGUCACACCAACGAGUCUUAUUCUGAGGAGUACUUCGUCAAGCAUGUUACCGGUGGGUUGGAGUGGGUCACCGGCACUUCAGAUCAAUGAAUGAUGUGGGCACACAAUGACG